CCGAUUAUUUGUUGUUGGAGGGAUCUUAAAUAGUCGUAGUAAUUUUUUUGGAAAAGUAAAUAAACAUUGCUUUUCAAUAAUAUCGUCAUUUACUGAAUUUAAUUGCGAGAUGUAACCCGUAAGGAUUGUCUGGAAAAACAAUAUGAGAAUUUCAACUGUGUCAUUUCUGUUACUUCUAAUUAAAAAACAUUCCUGCAAUUUUUGUGAGGCAGAUGACCUGUAUUGCACAUGGGAAAAUUCGAAUAGAACAAAUGAUUGUUUAAUAAGAUCGCAAAGCAGCUCUCAUAAUGAUUGUUCAGAAACCAGAUCCACAGUAAGCGAAAACCUAAAACGUAAUUUUGGUCUUGUAGUUCUAGAGGUUCAUCCUCCAUUAUUUCUUACAAGCAAUAUUUAUCCGGUGGUAGAAUGGAAAGAAGCUGAAAUAAGGCUGUCCAAAUAUGAUGUCAAAAAUUUCUGCCAAACAAUCAGGGUUCAGAAGACCAAAAAUAAUGCAUAUGCCUUGAAGUAUGACUGUGAAUUAAAAGAUGAGAUGGUGGGAGAACCUCUUUUCAUGGAAAUCAAUUCAGAGUUGGAUGAUAAUCUCACACACAAGAAGAUUUUGUUCAGCGUUCCAAAUUCCGAAAAUUUCAGUAAUUCAGUUUCUCCCAAAAAAAGACUGAUAUUCUCCUACAUUGACUUCACGAAUAGUCACAAGCUUCUGCUUAGGAUACAGCCAUUGCCAAAAGAAUAUGCAGUGACUCACUAUAAGGUGGAAGUGUUUAGAGAGAAAGAAAACAAACCACUUUUGGUCGACGUUCGUAUAAUUCCAGCUGAAAAUAAACCUGCUCUUGAUUGUGAUUACAUCACUUAUGGCCAAGAGGGUUAUUAUUUCUUCGCCGUGUCCAUAAUUAGUAAACAAUGUCCAGAGGACACUUGCUUAAAAAGUUUGACACCCAAAUUACAUAUAAGUAGAAAAGGUAUGCCUCUGGCGAUUGGUAUUGUGGGUGCAAGUUUUCUAAUACCAUGCGUUUUGUUCGUUUUCUAUAUCAGAAGUUACAGAAACCGAUCUCAAGGAUCCCUGACUGAAACGCUACAAAAAAUCCUGAUUAUCUUCAAACCUUCACUGGAAAAACACAACGAGGUGGUAGCUAGUCUUACCAAAACAAUCAAAGCACUGACGGAUACAGAAGUGAUUCUAGACCCGGUCAAUUCGGGGAAACCCAGAGGAAAAACAGAGGAAAAAUGGUGCAGUGACAACCUGAUCCUCGCGAGCCACAUUCUGUACAUCAACCCUCCGCUAGUUGAUGAAAGCCCUUACGACCUUGAUUACUCGACCUUUUGUUUCCUGAAAGACGAGGUGAAAAACUUGAAGUCUACCAAGAAAGUUAUCUCGAUUUACUUUCCUUAUUCGUGGAGGGAGGCACCGUAUAUUUUGGGAGGAUGUUUGUGCUUCGAGUUGAUGCAGGAUUUCGCGGAUUUCAUCGCUGUUUUUUCCACGGAUAAAAGUAAAGUAGAUUAUCGCACACAUAGCGACUGCAAGGAGUUGGCAGACAAGAUCAGGGUGGCCACCCUUGAAACAGAGCGUUUGCAGAAGGAGUUGCCUGAAAUUAUCAUAACGGAACAAACCGAAGUUUCGGAAGAGCCCCAAGAAGCUGAUGUGUUAUUGUAAAUUCCGUAAGCGAGAGGUAAUUUUAAGAAUGAAUUGGAGGUAGGCGCCAAUAUUUUUUUUAAAGAUUUAUGCAUUUGGAGACUCUGGUUGUUGAACCAUGACUGUUAGAAUUUUUAUAUUCAAAUGAAUGAACUCUGCGUCAGGGAUUUGUAUCAUUUGUAUUAUUUGUAUGUUGAAAAUGGUUAGUAAGAUAUACUAAAUUAUCUUCAACAUAAAUUCGUAUAAACAGAUGUGUUUCAGAAGAAGAAAGAGCUCCUCAAGACUGUCAAAAAAGUUGAUAUGUUCAUGUUCAUUAGCGGUGAAAA